UUCUCUUUCCUCAACUCCUCCACCCACAACCACCAUGCGUCUCUCCCUCCUCGCAGCCGCCCCCCUCUUCGCCGCCGCCGCCGCCGCCGCCUCCCUCUCCUACCGGGCCGACUCGGCCCCUGCCUGUGCCCAGGACUGUUUCGAUACUGCCGAUACCCAGGACUCUGGAUGUUCGUCUGGAGACACUGCGUGCUACUGCAAAAACGAGCUCGUCGUUAGCUCCAUCCGAUCAUGUCUCUCGUCCUCCUGCAGCACCUCCAAUGUGACGGCCGCUGUCGCCUAUGGCGAGUCUGUCUGUGCCGCAGCCGGCGCCACAGUGUCUAUGGGGUCUAGCUCCACUAGCUCUUCCGGUGCUUCUAGCACCAGCUCCUCCGUCUCGGCGUCAACAACUUCUAGCUCGGCCUCGUCUUCAGAUGCUCCGUCAGCCUCAUCAUCGCCUGCGGUUUCAAGCUCUACAUCUAACGCCCCUUCUUCUAGCGCUAGCGCCAGCAGCUCGAGCGAGAAGAGCAGCUCUUCAAGCCACGCUGGUGCGGUCGGUGGUGGUGCGGCCACCCAGGCUUCUUCCAGUGCCGCUUCCAGCUCGUCCAGCACCCCUUCUUCAUCUGCGGUUGCCAGCUCUACCAGCGCCCAAGUUUCAAGCUCCAGCUCUGCCGCCCAAGGGUCUUCGAGUCAAUCUAGCGGGCAAGCUUCAAGCUCUGCCGCUCAAGAGUCUUCGAGUCAAUCUAGCGGGGUCAGUACUACUUCUGCAUCCCCCUCCCAGAGUGCUGCGGUGGCUGCCUCGUCAGCAUCUCCCACUUCUGAAGCCUCGGGACUAUCUUCCUCUGGAGCCCCUUCGGCUUCCUCUGGAGUUUCAUCCUCGGGAGCUUCAUCCUCGGGAGCUUCAGCCUCGGGAGCUUCAUCCUCCGAUGCUUCCUCCCCUGGAUCAUCCACGGCUUCAACCAACCCCUCGUCUUCUCAGACCACUAGUCUAACGUCUUCAUCGCAGGGUGCCGCUGCUGGUGGAGCCUCAUCCGCCUCGGGCGAAUCUUCGACCGCUGCCGGUUCAUCAUCUACCCCCGUUUCCAGCUCUGCCCAGGCUUCUUCGUCUUCUAGCGCCGCAUCUUCUGCCGCUGGCUCCUCUUCUGCCGCCCAAUCCUCUUCUGCGGGCUCUUCUGCGGCCGGCUCUUCGUCCAGCGCAGCCUCUACGUCGAGCUCCAGCUCCAGCUCCAGCUCGGGCGCCGGAAAUCUCAUGGUUAACGGUCCCUUCAUGGUCGCUGUCAUCGUCGGUGGUGCUUUGUUGGCUCUGUAAGCCCAUUUGUAAAUUGCUAUUGGGAUCUAGUAACACGGCGAUCUACGCCUUUAUCCAUCUCAUAUAUUCACGUGCAACGCACACGAUGUACAAUCAUCUAGGGUCUAUACAAGGACGAUUUUUUGAAUUUGGGACUUGUAUUAUGGACUUGAAUCAUCAA